CUGCAAAAGUCCCUGUGAACCCAAAAAGCUCUGCUAGAGGCAGGAAACAGGUUUUCUUUUCCAAUGGGUAUAAAUAGUACUUUCCCCACAAUGCCUUAUUUUGAUUUCCUCAUCACAUUUAUUUCCUCCCCCCACCCGCUUUUCACACAAUAAACUUGGGGAAUCCUUUAAAUAAUUUUUUAAAAAAUCAUUUCCCAGUUAUAGCCUGGGAAUGUUGCAAUAGUAAUAGCUCUGGGAGAAAAGAGGGGCGAGGUCUGGCAAGGAAAAGUGUCAGUUCCUCUACUGCAGAUGAGGAAAUACGAAGAUAGAUGGAAUGACAUGCUCCACCCUUCAAUUCCCAAGAAACCCUGGGCUCCCUCCUCUAAUCCUGACUGGGCAGAGUAGAUAGCUGGAUCCCAGAUUUUGUUUGCAUUUCCAAAAGUGGUGGCUUGAGAUACAGAAAGCUUGGAUUUCUUUCCACAGACUACAACACUGCACAGCACCUCCAGCACUCCUGGAUUUUGCAAACAAGCGAUCACCUUCUGGGAAUGUUACUCCUGCAAAUAAUCUUCGCUUGGGCUCUCUGCCACUGGGUGUAUGGCGUAGGUAAGUGAAAAUGCCUUGUUCUCUAAUGGUGCAAUUCUAUUCAGAAGAAAGAAGCUAGAUUAUUUCCAGAAAACUGCAGAUAGCAUGCAAUCUGUUAAGACAGGGAGUGUGUAUGGCAUAGUGCAGUUUUAUUAAACUGAAAAUGUUUGUAGACAACUUUUUGGGGUGGAGACAGAAAUGUCUAUUACCUAGGGGCUCCCUUUGUGUGUGAUCUAUAUGCAUAUCUUUACUUCUGUAUCAACCUGCCUAAUCAGUAAAAUCAUCUGUCAAGAUCCUCCAUGUGUCUUGUCAGCGUUUUGAAGAACAUCUACACAGCAGAGGGGCUUACUUGAACACCCUCCUCAAGAAGUUUGCCUGGCGCCACUCACAGCUGCUUAGGCAUUAGACAAAAACAUUUGUAUUUAUCCAGACAUUUAAAUAGUUAUCGUUUUAGCCAGCAAUCCUUAAAGCACCCAGACUAAACCUCAUUCAACACAGUGGGGCUUCACUCUGCAUAAACAUGUACGAAUUGGUUCUGUUAUUCUUUUGCUUUCAUCCUUUUGUUUUUAUGGUGUACGCUGCCUUGAAAAAUGUUUUAAAUAAGUAAGACUACUGUCUGAAAUCUGGGUGGGGGGGUGGAGAAUCAGAACAAGAGAUAUUUGGGAAUCUAGCCAGCGUUUGUAAGUUCGGCUUAGAGCAAAAGAUGGAAACGGCUGGCAGGAACACAGAACUGCAAAGUAGAAACUGAGUUCAGCCUCAUGUACAGGACCUGGUUAUAAGAACAGCUCUUGUUGGUCUCAACAAAACAGACUUGCCUGAUCCAUUAAAGUACUAUAUGCAGGCACACACACAUACUACUUCAGAGUUGUCAUAUUGUUCAGUGAGACAUUCAUUACGUUCUAUAGAGCAAUGGUGUUUUUAAAUAACAAACAACCCUUAAAUGCAGGUGAGGGCUCUCUGACCCUCCUGAAAUUGUUGGGAAUAUACUAUCACAAGCCCCAGCCAGCAUGGCCAGUGGUUAGGGAUGAUGGGAGUUCUGCAACAUCUGGAGGGCCACAGGUUCCCUUCCCUGAUUUAAAGAGUGUCUUGACACAGCUGUGUUCCACAAGCCCUGUCCUGGCCCCCUAAGCUAACCACAGAUUGCCAAAGUUGAAGUAACAUUUACUCCCAAUCUAGUUAGCUUUUGUACUUAGCAGCAGGCAGCAAAACGUUUUCGGUUGACUCUGGCAUCUAUGCUUGCACCAGAGUUCAAGCUCUCCUGCUUACCAUGGUACCAUUACAUAGGAAGAAAAUCUAAUCUGGGAUCUUGACUUUUCUAUGUAGCACAAAAAAGUGCUCCACUACAAUAGGGACCAUUAUAGCCCUGGGUAAUUAUCACCUACUACUGAUUCUAAAUAACUGUCAGCUUUUGACCAGAAUCUUGUGACUAUUUGGCAUGGCCACUAGCAUCUUUCUUAAAAGCAAGCUUGUUCCUGCAAUUUAGCAUAAUGCUCUAUUAUUAAUUAUUCUUAUAUUCUUAUCACCAUGCAUCAAAUGAUUUAUAUUUGUUUUCAGAGAGAGCUCAUCAUUCAACAGCAGCCUUUGUAGCAGGUAUAUUAUAGCAUCCUUUUUCAAGCUCAGUAUUUUAAACAAAUUUCAAGCAAAACUAAAAUUCUGAAUUUUAGUUUCCCUGUUUAAACUGAGGAAAAUUUCCCUUUUCGUUUUAAGCAUGAGAGGGACAGAAAUGAAUCAGAUAGGAAAUGUGCUAGCAUUCCAGAUAAACAAAAAUAUGGAAUACAUAUAUAAUACAUUCAGAAUUAUUUUAACUUUUAAUAAAGCCUGCCAAUUGGUUUAAAAAUUCCCAGAACAGUUCCGUAUGGCAGAGUGUGACCAAGCUCUAACUACAUCUCACCACCUUGACUGCACAGGGCUGGCCUUAAUGGAUUUUAUUCUUUGCAGCUGCAGCAAAAUUCAAAUUGAUACCUCACUUCCACUCAUUGUUCGUUUGAACUGCACAGAGAGAGGAUGGAAGCAGGGAAAUAGCACUCCCUCUGAAAUCUGUUUCCUGAAGUAGCUGCUUUUAUCUUGCUUCAGAGAAAGGCCAGCCAUAUGAUAAGGAGCUGGCAUUUACCAUGGGCACAGCAUGCACCUGCAUAUAGGAAGCUACCUGCUCCCUCUGUGAGGGAAAUUUAUUUCCCUCUUAGCUGCUUUCGAGCAAGUCACCACAGGAAAAGGUGGUGCCUUCCAGUCUAGGAACAACAAGGGGAUGGCAGUCAAAUUCAUGCCACUUUCAGCCCUGCGACUAGAAAAGCAUCCCCUUGAAGGAUAAGCCAGGAAAGAAACCCCUUCCUUCCUUCCUGUAUGAAGUUUCCUGUCAACUUUAGUUUAUUCACUUGUGGUUGCCUCUGAGCAAAAGGGAGCAAGGAUAGGCUAGUGUGAAAGAACGUGCUUUUGCUAUUUCUCAUUUGCAGGUGGCUGAAGGCAAUAACUUAGGUUGUUCUGGUUUUCCUCUCAGAAUCUCAUGCCUUAGUUAUGACUCACCUGGCCUACUUCCCAAACAAGAGUUCAGUGGAAAUGGUAGGUAAUGCCACUCUGGAUGGAAAACUUACCCACAGCAUGGAGUAUCAAAAUGAGCAAAUGAAUGCAAGCCAGUUGCUCCAGCUGGAAUCUUUAGAUCUCUGGGAGCAGAGGAAGAGUGCACUGCAAAAAUACCUUGAGCUUUUCAAGACGUUGGUCAACCUGUUUGCUCGCGAAAGGAAAAUACCAUGUGAGUAUUGUGGUGCGAUGAUAACGGGCACAGUUGUUGCCAUAGCAACUGUCACAGCUGCUUAAGAUGAUGGUAUCAUUGAGCACCAAACUUUGGGACAUGGUGUGAUCACGGAGUAAAUAGUUUAUCUAGAGAUUUGCGUAUGACGGAAAGUAUGGUGCCAUUUACUGUUAAGUAAAAUUAAGCCACAGAGGCAGCCAAGAAGCCAGCUCCUAUUAUUGCAGUCAGCUAUGAGACCAAUUUGCAGUCUGUGGUAGAAAUAAAAUUAUAUAUUAAUAUAUGCAUUCAUUCAUAUUAUAUCCCUUAAUGAAUACUAAGAACUGUUAAGGUACUUCAUUUUGUAUUAUGCUUUAUAACUAAAACAUUCCAGGCCUUGUUCUAAUUUGCUUGCAUAAGUUUGUCAAAUAAAGACACAGGUUUAGUAAAACUGACUUGCUAAGGAAAGCAAGAGAUGGCAAAGGGGCUGUAUAGUGAAGAUGCAUUGCUUUGAUCCAGCAAGUUCAAUGCUUGGAUAUUUUAGUGGGCAGCAAGUGCUAAAACACCUCAAUAAAAGGUAAAAUUGCCCUGUCUGGUGUCAGUUAAGAUUUUGCACUGAGAAAGUGAGAUCUUGAAAAGAAAAAUGAUCUUCUCAAAAUAUUCCCAGAGUAGGGAUGCAUUUGGUAAACCUUCCAGCCUCCUAUACUGAAGAUUAUUUCUUCUGCCCCUAUUACUUUCUGAGGUGUACUUAUUUUUUUCCUUGUCUAUCAAAAAGUAUGAAAUAGGGACGUGGUCAAACAAUUAUUUGAAAACAUGCACAUCUUGCUUAUUGUGUUGUAUGCAUAUUUACGCUUUCUGGAGAGCUAGCAUUAGCUGUAGCCUGUUUGCCACAAUUUGUAUACGUGAAAUAGCUCUUUGCGGACAUGUCAGGGCUAAUUUCCCUGAGACGUGCAGACAGACUGCUUCCUUAGGCAAUUCAGCAUAGUACAAGGGUGCAUGUGAGAAAGAUAAGAGGCCAGUUACGGGGAAAAUAUUUCUAACACAUUUGCUUUUGUUGCAGACCCCCUACACAUGCAUUGUACUUUGGGGUGCCAGAUCUUUGGGAAUGGCACCAACAGAACCUUCUAUGAGGUUUUAGUCAAUGGGACUGAUUUCCUGAGAUUCAAUGCAGCCAAUAAGAGCUGGGUACCUUUACAGGAAACUCCUGUGGCCAGCUAUACCAGUAUGCAGCUGAACCAAUACAAUGAAACCAGUGUGGACCCAGCUUUCUUCCUGAAGGAAACUUGCAUCAAGAUUGUAACAGAGCACACCGCAGUGAAAGGAGCCUUUACAGGUAUGUGAAACACUGGUUAUAUGAUGUCUGAGAAGCACUCCUACCCUGUGCAGGUUGUCCAAGGGAGGACACAACCAAGUAUCCUUUAUGGCAGUCUUCUUACCAACACACACUAAUGGAGAGGGAUGGGUAUAUUUUGUGGUGCUGUCACACCACAAGCAUAGAUGUUGGAAUGAGGUACAGAAUUCUGAAUCACUGCCUUUCUUUAAAAAGAGAACUAUAAGCACCUUGUCUUUGACAUGCUGAAGAUAGUCUUGGGAGUGUUUGAUGAAAGCAGGGAUGCAAAACACCUGACAAUUCCGUAAGAUGUCACGGGGCGACAGUGGGGUGGCGAGGCAGAAUGAGUGCAGCAUAUUACAGAGGCUUUCCAGAGAUCCAGACUUCAGGACUCUUGCUAGCUUUGCUGCUUCUGACUAGUUGCAGAGCUCUGCACAGAUAUACAGUGGUACGUCGGGUUAAAUACGCUUCAGGUUACAGACUCUGCUAACCCAGAAAUAAUACCUUGGGUUAAGAACUUUGCUUCAGGAUGAGAACAGAAAUCGUGUGGCGGCGGCGUGGCAGCAGCAGUGGGAGGCCCCAUUAGUUAAAGUGGUGCUUCAGGUUAAGAACAGUUUCAGGUUAAGAAUGGACCUCCGGAACGAAUUAAGUAUGUAACCAGAGGUACCACUGUAAAAUGCUUUAUUAGCUGCAGAAUCCAGAAUUAUCUUGGUGCAGAGAAUAUACCAACUGACAUUUGCUUUGAGUUUCCUCUUCCUUGCAAGGGACACCCACAAUCUCCUGCUGAAGCAGUGGGUUGAAAGUGGACGAGUCCAUCAGUUCAGUCAUAUUUCCCCCGCAAACACCAUCCUACCCAACUUUUUUCACGAGCUGACUCAAAUGGUUAGAAGUUUGAGAGUGAAUGCAUUAGCUCAGACAGAAGCAACUUAAAUCUUGAAAACAAAAGUUCCAAUCCUUGAACCCACCCACCUAAACAGCUAAAGCAACAUUUACUUAUCAAGUCUUAGAAUGCAGCUGCAACCCCUCAGGUGUAGAAAAAAAACUCUCAAAUCUUUUUCUUUUCUUUUUUGCCUUACAGGGAAACAUGAAGGACGUUCACACACUCCACUGGUGGUAGGCAUCAGCCUUGGUGCCCUUGCUGUAAUGGCACUAGCUCUUUGCAUCUUCCUAUGCACAGGCGGGAAGAGAUAGCAUCUGAAGUAUUAUAUGGACCAGCAGCUCUGCAGAUGGGAUAACCAAACACCACAGAAGAACAAUGAAGUUGGGAUGGGUGAAUCUGCCCAAUUCCGUUUCUCAUCUUUCCAAUUUUAAGUCCACUUCUCCACAUUUCCACAUCAAUCAGAAUUUUAUUUUAAGAGUCCUUAUGUAAAUUCAUUAUUUUAGUGUGAAUUUCUAUGUCAUUUCACCAAUAUAUGCAUUUUUGUACACGUUAUGUGGCUGGAGAGCUACAUUGCAAAAUUCGGAGAAGGGUGAAUUUCAAAGGAUGGCUUAUAUUUUGCUUGGUGUAUUUUUGUGUAUUUUUUUAAAGAAAGUGUGGAUUAGGUAGGUUAGCAUUUAAAUGUAAACUGAUUCAAAUUCCUCCCAUCCCUCUUUUUUUUUAAAAAAAUUCAUAUGAAGAAACAAGCCAAUGUCUAUAUAAAUCUGUAUCCCUUGCCUCACAUCUACCUGUAAGAAUAAGAUGGGCUGUAGAACAACAGCAAGAUCACUACCGGUCUCACAGGAAUCUUUCCAUCUCCUGUCAUUACUACCAGGGCAAACAGCCUCUCCCCAUAGAACUUUAGUGUUUCACCCACAUCAAUGGACUGACACCACAGAAGCACAGCAUAAAAACAUACCUGAACCUCGUUUUGCUCAAUCACAGCCUCCUUUAAAGCAUCCUAAAUCUGGGAAUUAUUACUGCUCCUAUUUGACAUUAUUUCAGUCCAACAGCGUAAGAUAUUGAGAUGGGAUCGAUGAAUAGUUUUUAAAAUAAAGUCUUCACAUGCCACAAAAUGUGGUAAUGGCUCUUGGGCCAAACUAAUUAAUGAAGUAUAGGUCUAUCCAUGGCUAUUAGAAAGACUGGCUGAAUGGAGCCUCCAUUUUGAGGCAUCAUGUUGCUGUAGUGAGAGUGUGUGUCUGUGUGUGCAUGCAUGUACAAACUACUGCCUUUAUGCCCAGAUUGUUGGCUUUCUGGAAUCAUCUGGCUGACCGCUGUUGAAACAGAAUGCUUGAUGAGAAGGGAUGUUUGAAUGAUUCUGGAUCCAGAACUGGGCAUUGCACCACUGUCCCUAGUCUUCAGAAGCAGCAGUGAGAUCAUGUUGUAGUGCAGAGCUUUCCAAACUUUUCAUGUUGGUGACACACCUUUUUGACAUGCAUCACUCUGCGACACAUUCAGUUCUCCUAGCAAACCAGAGCUCAAACUAACCCCUUAUAAGAGAUACAGACACAUAUCGCGCAAGACACCUAAACGCUGCAGCCGACACGCUAAAGUGUCACGACACAGUUUGGAAAGCUCUGCUGUAGUGUUUCGUGUGGCAGGUAUAUCCAAGGCACUGUGGUAUACUUCAGCAGAUUUUGGAGAAGAAAGCCAUGUGUGACUCUUGUUAUAUCUUCAUACCUCCCUUGGAUAUAUAGCGUGCAAUGCAGAAUGAUAAGUUUCAACAAUAACAACCCAACAUCUCAGGAAUAUCUAUUGACUGGGUGAGUGAGUGGGGGUGGAGGAGGAAUCAAGAGCCACAGAGAUGUCUACUUUGAUGAAAAGGAAGCCAAGCUAGAAAGAGUGCUUCUCUUACUGAAGCUAGUACUGAGCAUACAAGAACACUUCCAGAAGCCAGGACUCCCAUUAACUUUCUUUCCACAGACUUCCUUGAGAUUACAGCAGCAAGGGACAAACCAGGAGUUGCUCCUCAACUCUACACAUCUUAUCCUUGCAACAGAUCUGAGUGGAAAGCCAAAACUCAUUUAAAAAUGCUCUUAGGAACAUUAGACAUCUGCUCAAUCAAGCCUCACUGGGUUACACCCCAAAUAGGUAAAACUCUACUAUUUCUGCAAAAUAGCAAACUUGUCUCUUUCUGCUUUGAAAUGGUAAAGGUUCUUUACUAAAAGCAACCCCAAAACCCUUCCAGCUCUCUCUUUAAGGCCUCUUCUCUUUAUACAUAAAAAUACUUUCAACAGUAGGAGGAAGGAUAGGAAGGGGCUGGCUUUCUGAAUGUAGCAAAUGCUGGAUAUUUUUUAUAAAAUCACUCCAACUUAUCAACAGUUAUGUGGACACUUUCAAUGCUAAUCUAUCUCUAGUUCUCUGUUCACAUAGAUUAUGGUGACAAUACAUUGUUAUUUCAGAUAGUAUUAGUGCCAAUACAACACUUUCAUCUUCAGCAGAGAAAAUAAGCACUGAUUCACUCUUAUCCAGCACAAGGAGCUGAUAUAUAAAGAAAAAAAAUCCAGCUAACAUUUCACCAAGAAGAGAACAUAAGCCAUAUUGAAACAUACACAACUAAUUGCAGGGGAUAUACUUCAGGAGCCUGAAAGAUUUUUAAGAUUGCUGUGCUCAUUAGCCAAGGGAGAGUUUGGAUGAUAAAGGAAGAGCUGGAUACCAUUCUGAGUCUUUCUGUCUUGCAUGAAUGUAUGUGUUAUCAACAAGUCUUCAAAACAGUUGGAAACAAGGGCAAAUUCAGAUACAAAAGUGUGUGUUGCAUAUAUGCCCAGUGUUUGCAGGAGUACAAUACCAUAUGCAGUGUGAAAUGGAGGCAAUGGUUUGUAAGCAUAUGGGAAGCUCAAAGUGUCCUAGGUUCCUGAGUGGCUGGGGUUACCACAUCGCUUAUUGCUGCAAACAUACUUGUUCUGUAAAAUAUGAAUUGGCUUUACAGUUCCCACAGAAGGCUACAUGAGUAUGUUGGCUUACAUCAAUUGCAUAAAAUGCAAAGACUGAAUUUGUUGAACCACAGGCUAGGGAGGAAGUGUUUUGAUGCAGUUUCUAAGAAAUAGGGGGAAAGCAGCAACAGCUGCACAAAGGUGGAGGAGCGGGGAGUACAUUUCUCUUUUGGAGCUGCAUGGAGCAAAUUCUCUAUCAGCAAUGAGAGUCUUAUCACUUUCACCCCAUAUAACCAAGUGUAAACCUUCUCUACUCAAAUGGUGCUCCGUCUAAGGGACUGCAUAGUCUUUGCUUGCUGGAUUGUCUGUUUAUGAACCACAGAUUACAAAUCCAUACACAUUUGCUAUAGUCUAUAAAGGAAACCCAGUGGUAAGUACUGCUGCCACUCUUAGAAAUGCAUAGCAAACUGUCAAAAUUUUUCAUGGACAGUGUCAUGUACUGCAGCAAUGCUUGUGUAGAACUAAAUGCAAAACUGUGUGGUGGCAACAGCUACAGUACACUUCCACAGUACAAACAAUAGGAAGUAUCUGGACAGUUGUCAAACCCCAGAGGACAAUGCAGAAAGCAAAUGAAAUUUCAACUGCAGAGAUAAGGGUUUCUCAUGCCUCAAUUCCAUUAGAGUGAGUGAUAAGAGGACUAGGUAUGUACAGAAAUUAGGAGACUGAAAAGAUUUUAAACCCAUAUUUUCCAAGCUGGGCCCAAGAACCAAAAAUGAUAGCAGCAAAGAACCCAUUAGUUUAAAAGUCUGAAACAGAGACAAUAUAAAGUAAAUCGGAGGGAUAGGGAACGAGUUAUGAAAAUUCACUCAGAGGGGCAAGAAAAAGUAACAUCAAAAUAUAUUUUAAAACCAGAAUUUCAAACGUGGUACGUGUGUUAAAACGCCUCACAUUUCUCAACUGCUGGAGCCUGAUUGCUCCAGAUAGAGCACCAGUUGUGUCCCAAAUAAGGAAAAUUCUUUUACCGUCUUCUGAUCUGUCCCCAAAUCACCUUCACUAUUUGUAAAAAUGGAGGGCUCAGCAGUCACUCCAACACCCCUCAGCUUUGUUCUACAACAACCAGAAGACUGCAGUUCACAGCACUGAUUUCUCUCAGUUGCAACAAAGUUCAUUUGUCACCACUUAAUAUCCCUGCAGUCCAUUGUACACCUUCUGCACUGAUGCCUGUUUCAGCAGUUGUUUGAGACCUGCAAAAGAUUGAAAAAAGUAAUAACCAUACAAUGUUCCAAAUAUGUCACAAGGAGGAAAGAAAAUCAAAUGAAUUCUGAUACUUUGAGUCUGGCUCACUCAAAACGGUUUUGAGAAAAACUUCCAGAAUGAUGUCUAUGCAAAUACUCCCACAGAAAAACAGAUAUGCUACAAAAGCAAUGAUAUUACCUUGGUUAAUAACUAAAGCAGACUAGGAACAAGCAAGACGCCUGGAAAAGAUUCCUGACCUGUUUUCAAAUUUCACUGUUUGAAAAGUUAGCAAUAUUUUAAAAAUUGUACAAAGCAGCAAUGGCUGCUCUCCUCCCUACCAUCCCUAGUCUUCCAGAACAUACCCCUGAAGAGAUCUUGUCACUUUUGUCACAAUGUCUGUAGUGGUUGGGACCAUGUUAUAGCCAGAGCAGCCCUUUCUGACAGGCUGCAGCAAACUGGUUGAAUCAUUAUCUUGCAGCCAACCUAUUCUAAUAGAUGGCAUGCCUUUGAACACAGAAUCUUAAAACUGGAAAAUGACAGAAUGAUACCCACAAGAUGGACACUUAGAUGACAAAGUAACUUCCAGAUCUCAGCAUGAAGAAUAUAUCAGUAAAUGGAACUACUGAUCAAACCAUGUGGGAUUUUACCAUAGCAACACUAUUCUAGGAUACAUAGAUACAAACCUUCUCGUUGUUCACUUGUCAGCUGCUCUUUGGGAAAGUCUACAUCAAAUGUAAUUAUUAGAGAGCCUUUAAUGUUAUUGUUGUCAAAGUUGGGAAGACCUUCUCCUUUUUUCCACAGCUUGGCUCCAGGCUUUGUGGUUUUAUCCCGGGCAACAUGCACCUAGUAGAUGGGAGUGUGGUGAAGAGUUUACAGGAUUGGCAUUUGUGACUAAAUACUUUGACACAUCAGCAAACCCCCCCCAUACUUUAGUGUCAACAGAUGCAAUUAUCAUGGAAAUAACAUAGGAGACUACUCUGAAAAUGUAUUAUCUCAAAUAGAAAAAACUGCCUUACCUUAUGCCCAUCUAAAUGGGCAAUAUCCAUUUCAAAACCCACAAGAGCCUCAACCAGUGAAAUAGUCACAUUUGUAUAUAAAUCAUCUCCUCUUCGCUCAAAAACUGGGUGCCUGUAGGAAAGAUGUUAGAAAACAUUAACAUAUUCUACUUGUUACUUCAUCAAUUUUCUGUAAUACUUGUCAAACUCUCUAGCAUUUAACUUUAGAAAAAUGAAUGAAGAUUUGUGAAUUAUCCUGUCUGUCUGUCACUCUUGUUGCCAAAGGCAAUAAAUCCACCUCAGUCUUUGCAGGACGGGACAAUUUUCUAUGGGGAUCAUCAAAACCUUCUGCAGCUUAGCGGGUGGAAAUAUUUAUGCAAAGUAAGUUUGUACAGUGACUAGUUAAUAUAUGAUUUUUUUGGGGGGGUUAAACAAUUUAUGGGUAAACAAGGCAAAAAUAACUAAGCGACUUACUUGAGAACUUUUAUUCGGAAGCGCAAGUCACCUGGCUCUCCAUCAACAUGUGGUUCACCUGUGGAAGUUUGAAUAUGGAUUGGGUCUGGUUUCAAAACCAUUUCACUUCCCACAAAUGAAACCCAAAGCCAAUUCUUCCCUAUAAGCUUUCCGAUAGUCACAUGAUCCAAGUAAAAAAGAUGUUUAAAUAAUUCUAUCCUGCUCUUACACCAAAUAGGAUUGUAUAGUAGCUUACAGAUGAUAGAGACAAAAAAUCCUCACUCAAGUCCCUGCCCUCAUACUUACCAUCUACAAAGUAAUGAC